AUGGCCCCAAGCAGCCUCUUUUCUCGGGGUCCACGCACAUGCAGCCUGUUUAUUAGGAUUUGGGUCCCUCUCAGACCCCUCCGCCUUGGACCCUUCUUCUGCUUCUGCAUCUUCUCCGACCAGAGAAGCAAGCAACCACACGGAGGAGAUACAGGGUCUUUUUUUCUAUUCCAUUCCUUUGCUUUUCUUUUUCGGCCUUCCGACCCUCGACGUGAGCAAAGGCCUCGCGAUCCCGACGACCGGCCGCUUCGAAUAAUAAUAACAAUAUCGCGAGCACGCCUGCGAGAAGUUGCCGAUAUAUCCUGCGGGCGCUUGGUUCAAGGCAACUGUGGCCGGGGGCUCUUUGCUGAGUCGACUCGCUAUCUUCCAGAAAACCACACGGCCUUGGCCAACUCCCCUCUCCCGCCGAUCGAAUUCGUGCAACCAUCUCUCCUCUCCCAUUAG